AUGAAUAAAUAUUUCUUUUAUGUUUUAGUACCUGUAAAUUUCAUUUCAUUAAUAUGUUAUUAUGUUAAAUGUGCAAAAGUAGUUUAUUAUAGCAAUAGUAUGAGAAAAAAUAAAGACAUACAUAAUAUAAAAAUUGACCGUUUACCUUUUAAAUAUCACCAGAACAAAAAUAUAUAUUAUCAUAUUAGAUAUUGCUACGAUGAUAGAAAUAAAAAUAGGCUUUUUUUUUUGAGAACACCAUCCUCUUCUAUGUCUGCUGUUACCCCGUCAUCAAUCUCAUCAUCAUCCACAUAUACCACAUCGUAUUCUCGGGCGUAUUCUACUGUUCAAAGAAAAAUACAUAAACGAUUUAUAAGUAAAAAAUUCCAAUUAUUCGAAAAAACGAGCAAAUAUAUUGAAAAUUUGAAGAAAGUAAAAAAAAUCGACAAUACCAUAUUAGGUAAUAAUUUUAAUGACAAAGAAGGUGAAAUAAUUGAUCAAAUCCCAGAUAGGUUUUUGAAUGCUUUUAAAUGGGCAUUAGAAUUUAAGUUAAAAAAUUUUAAUUGUAAAUUUAAGAGAAUAACAAAAUUGGCAAAAAAAAAUAAUGAAGAAUUAAAAAGUUUGGACAACUAUGCUAUAGGAUAUAAAGAAAAUUUAUUGGCUAUGUUACAAAAAGAUAAAAAUUUUUUUCUUGAUAUAGUUAAAAAACUAAAAUCAAAAGAAUAUUUCAAUUUUGAUAUUUAUUCCAUAUUUAAAUUUAUUAACAUAGAUAUUCGCUUUCUAUUUUACCCAGAAUGUCAUAAUCAAUCCGCUAUUUUUUUUUUAAUUUUUGGGAAUUUAGAAAAAGCAGUUAAUUAUUUCUUAAAAAACAAACAAAAUAUUGAUUUUAUGCAAAUGCCAAAAUAUAUACAUGCCAUGAGUGCUGCUGGUAGGGAAGUACAUAUAAGCGUAAAACAAAGAAAAAGAUUGAUGAAGGCUCAGAGGAAGAAGGUGAGGGAAGAAAAGAGGAAAGCACAUAUGGCAGCUGCUGGUGGUGGUAACAGUGGUCAAGAGAUGAAUGAGGGAGUAUCAGGGGGAGGUGGUAGCAGUGGUCAAGAGAUGGAGGAGGAGGGAGUAUCAGGAGGAGCAGCGGGUGGAAUGGAGGAUGAUUUAGCGGAAGGAGGACAAGAAAAUUUACUGGAUAAAUUGGAGGAAGGAUUAGUGAAAGGAGUACAGGAUGACAUAGUGACGAAGGAAAAGAACAUUCAUAUGCCCAGAGGAAAUUGCGCCUCGGAAAAUGAAAUAUUGAACCCAAACAUUUCACUAGAUAGUAUAAAUAUAUCUUCUAACAUAGAGGAAAAAUUUAAUUUUUUUCUCAAAAAUUACGAUGAGAUAGAAUACUUUUUUACCACACAUUUUAAAACGUCUGAAGAGUUAAAAUCGUUUUUCGAAAAAUUCCAUGAAAAUGAAAAUAAAAUUAAAAAGGAAGAAGUAACGUUCAAUUCAAAAGGAGAUGUAUUAACAAACAUAAAAGAAGUUAUUCCUAAUGGCAUAAAUUUGGAGAUGAUAAAAAAGAUUAUAAAAACAUCCCCUAGAUUAUCUUUAAUAAAUAAAAAGACAGUAUUAAAACGUUUAGCUCAUUACAAAAACGAAUUAAACUACUCGUAUAAUGAAUUAAAACAGAUAUUAUAUAAUUUACCACAAUUUUUUGCUUUUGGAAAUCUAAAAAGGAAAUAUAAUGAAUUAUUAUAUUUAGAUGAAAGUAUAGAAGAAGAAGAUUUAAAAAAGUUUAUUAAAAAAUAUCCUAGAAUAUUUACAUAUAAUGUAUAUAGAACAAUUAGACCUAAAAUGUUAUAUUUGAUUAGACAUUUAAAUAAAAGUUUUCAUGAUACCUUAUCUUUUCCUCAGUACUUCAGCUACAGUUUUCGCUUAAGAAUAAUUCCUAGACAUGUAGCUUACAUGAAUUUAUAUUAUGAUAAUUACAUUGAAUUUUACAAAGAAUUAGUGAGAAAAUAUAAUUAUGCAGAUUUUAAUAAAAAUUUCAAUGAUUUAGUCUAUAAACCGAAUAUCCCACCUAUAAACUUAAAAAUGUUAUUGCAGACCUCUAAUAAGGAUUUUAUCAAACAUUAUAAAAUUUCCUAUUACGAUUUUGUAAGGUCUUCACAGCUAGCUAAAAAUAUACAUAAUCCUUUUAUCCUUGUGUAA